CCUCCUCAUUGUGCGAACGACUGACUGGGAGGGCCAGGGGCUUAUAAGGGCCGGCCCGAUGUCAGAGUGCCACUGUCUCUCUCUGAGCUACUUUGCUACUGUACUUCUCUUCUCUCUGCUGGACACGGCACCCUCUUGGAAGAUUUACGAUGGAUUUGCUCCGUGCUUGCGUUUUGUGCGCUGCUGCUUUCGUCACCGUCUCCAAGGCUUUUACGCACAACGACAUGAAGGAUGUCCUGCUUCAAAAACUUGGGCUAGAUGAUGUUCCGAAAAUUCACAAAAGGGAUUUGGAGAAUCUUGUCAUCCCGGCGCACAUUAAGAAUAAAUAUCUGUCAAUGCUGAAGCUGCACCACGACAGGCGGCGCAGGUCUCUGCCAAGCUUGGCGGGGAUCCUGAGGGGAAUUCGAGGAAAUGCAGGUACAAUCAUUUUUCAGUACAGACAUAAAUAAAAUGCUUAUUAUAUCUGAAUUAUAUUUUGCUAUAUAAAUUAGCAAUUAUAUUUACUUGGAUGUUGCGGACCAAUUUUUGGCAUAUAAGCACAAAUGACUUUUUUAUGCACUGGCAUUUUGUGCGCACUCAUAGUUUUGUUUAUGCAAUUGUCCAUUCCAACCCACUCAUAUUUUUUCGGAUUUUAUAUUCAACACCUAAGCAUUUCUAUGUUCUGUUUUAUUAGAUAUCUCUGGGGAGUUUGUGUACUCGGACACCACUCGGCAACGGAUGGUCUUCGACAUGGAUAACCGCAUCCCCCAAAACAGCGAGGUGACCAUGGCAGAACUGAAACUGUACAAUAAAGCCCCGAACAAGCGCUCCAUGCCCGAGAGAAGGAACCACCGGCCGGUCAACAACGCCAGAGUCUCCAUCUACUGGGUAGAUAUGCUGGAGAACGGCUCUAACAGAACCUCUCUGGUGGACUCACGGUAAGAUUUUACGCAAAGCCAUGUCGUGUCCAGAUCAUUUCCGUUAGGCUAUGUGUUGUUCUUUGUUCUUAUCAUUUAGACUGUAUGUGCAAGGUUUUUAAUCAACCAUUUCCUGUAGGUUGAUCCCUAUCCAUGAGACCGGCUGGAAAAGCUUUGAUGUCACUCAGGCUUUGCACUAUUGGUCAAAGACGCAGCAAAAAACACCUAUGCACCUGGAGGUGUGGAUAGAGGGCGAGAGACCUGGCAGCUACGCGGCAGAAAUUGCCAAGAGUGUCCACUUUACCACCCAGGACCAGGCGGACAAUACCUUGGGAAAACCUGAGCUGGUCCUCUACACACUCAACCUCGAAGAGUUUGGGUAAGGCGCGCUUUGAUAUGUAGAAUGUAUAAAUAGUGUAACACCGGUUCGGUGACAAUUGUCAUACCUUUAGGCUACACAUUAAUUAGUACAAGUUAACUAACGACUCCCUAUUUGGUUUCCGCAUAGGUCUCGAGGCGACUGUGAAAACAACCCAUAUAAGGACAAGUGCUGCAGAGAGAAAUACUUCAUCAAUUUCCGCGCGCUCACGUGGACCCAGUACUGGAUCAUCGAGCCAGCUGGGUACCAGGCCUUUAGAUGCGCGGGGGGGUGCAAGCAGCCCAAGCGCAACUACGGCUACGGGGAGAGGAAGUGUACCAUCGCAGAGAGCGCCCCGCUGCCCAUGAUGUACCUGGUCAAGAAGGGCGACUACACCGAGAUAGAAGUGGCGGAGUUCCCCAACAUGAUCGUGGAGUCG